CCAGGGCCCAUAUGGUUAACGGGUUGUGGGAGUCUUUGCCUGUCCCUGAUUGGCUGGCAUGGUUCAGCCACAGCCCUUUAUUUCUCCCUGUCGAGCUGAAAGGUGGCAGAGCUGGUGGCGGAAAGGACAGCGAGGGAUAAUCCCAGCCGCCCAGCUCCUCGGGGCAGGGAGAGGGGUGCGCACCCCUGCCCUGCUGCAGCUAUGGGGGGCCAGCUGCACGCCUCCUGGAUCUUCCCCUUGGUUUUGGCUGGCCUGGUUCAGCCGAAUUGGGGGCAGGAGAAAGACAAGGUGAACUGCUACAGCGACGUGGGUGGCACCGUCUACGACUACGGGGCCCUCACCAUCGAUGGGGAAGAGUAUGUCCCCUUCAAGAAGUACGCGGGGAAGAUGAUCCUCUUCGUCAACGUGGCCACGUACUGAGGGCUCACCAUGCAGUACGUCGAACUGAAUGCACUACAAAGCGAACUGGGGCCCUACGGACUCGUCGUCCUGGGCUUCCCCUCCAACCAGUUUGGGAAACAAGAGCCCGGGCAGAACGCCGAGAUCCUUCCUGCCCUGAAGUACGUCCGCCCGGGCGGAGGCUUCGUCCCCAAUUUCCAGCUCUUCCAGAAGGGCGAUGUGAACGGGGAGAGGGAACAGAAGGUCUACACCUUCCUCAAGAACUCCUGCCCUCCCGUGGUGGAAAACUUCGGGGACCCCAAGCAGCUUUUCUGGCAGCCCCUGAAGAUCCACGACAUCAAGUGGAACUUCGAGAAGUUCCUGGUGGGGCCGGACGGGGUGCCCGUGAUGCGGUGGUACCACCGCGCCACCAUGGCCACGGUGAAGAACGACAUCGUGGAGUACAUGAAGGCCCAGAGGCCGCUCUAGGGAAGCCCGCGGGCACUUGAGAGACGGGGUGGGGUGGGCCGCCGUGCUUUAUCCAGAGCCGAAUCCCUCGGGCUGUGCUCCCCGGCACCGGGAGCCCCCGAGACUAUCCCUUUUCAAAUGCUUUCUGCGCCAGGGAAGGGGCUGGCAGGGCCCCCGUCGACACAGCCCAGCCAGUCGCGCUGCUGUGUGAACCGGCCUGGGCCACAGCUCCCGCGACCAGUCCACAACAGCCCUGCGCCUCCCACGCCUCCAUCAUCAUUGCGGGCGCUCACUUGAGGCAGCAUCU